UUUUAUCGCGGCUUAAUUUUAGAUUUCAGUUCCCGACGUUUCGACACCUUUGCAGGUAUCAUGUAAAAAAUUAGGCCUUGGACAGAAGAGAGUGGGAAUCAUAGAAAUAGGGUGUACUAGCGAAAAAUAUAGGGCUUUGGUGGAUUUGAAGUCAAAGUUGUUGCAACCUCUUUCGAGAUCAAAGUUACUGCUAACUAAAAGAAUACAUUACAAAUGCCUUGAAAAUAAAAUAAGCACGUCAAGAUACUUCUGGAAUCAUUCAAAUUUAUUUUGGGGCCUAGCACACGCCUGUUUGCUAUCGUUAUUAUUUUUUACAAAAUUUAUAAGUAAGAUCAAGAUAUUAAAUAUCAAUAUGGAAACCUUAAAAAGGUGUUUCAUUGGAAUUCGUCGACCAACAAAAGUAUUAUUUGUAACUAAACGAAAUUUAAUGGCACAUAAUAUAAAUCACAUACUUAACAAGAAAGUUAUGGAUCGCUAUAUGAGACUGCCGCUGCCAUGUAAUAAAAUAUUAGCUACGUAUGUGUGGAUAGAUGGAUCGGGAAUCAAUAUGAGAUGCAAGGAUCGGGUCCUGGACUGUGUUCCUUAUAGCCCAGAUGCUGUCCCUGCAUGGGCCUUCGAUGGCAGUUCAACAGGGCAAGCCACUACUGACAAUUCUGAUACCACUUUGAAGCCAGUCGCAGUUUACAGGGACCCGUUUAGAGCUGAUCCGCAUGUACUCAUUUUAUGUGAGGUUUACCAAGGUGAAGGUCAGACACCAGUUGCAACGAAUCAUAGAAAGUAUUGCAAUGAUUUGUGUGAAACUCAUAAGGCUGAAGAACCUUGGUUCGGUCUAGAACAAGAGUACACCUUGCUGGAUAACGAUGGAUGGGGUCUGGGAUGGCCGAAAGGUGGAGGCUUCCCUGCAGUCAAGUAUCAAUACAACUACUGUGGCGUAGGAGCGAAAUAUAUAGCAGGAAGAGACGUUGCUGAGGCGCACGUAAAAGCAUGUCUUUUUGCAGGGCUCGACUUUGAAGGUACUAACGCCGAAGUGAUGCAUGCUUGCUGGGAGUGGCAAGUAGGGACAACUCUUGGUAUAAAAGCUCCGGAUGACUUAUGGAUGUCACGCUAUAUAAUGGCAAGGGUUGGUGAAGAUUAUGGAGUUGACGUCACAUAUCAUCCCAAGCCUUUUGGCCAUUUACAUCCUGGUGUGGGCAUGCAUCAUAAUUUUAGUACGAAGAGAAUGCGGUCCGACGGUGGCUAUGCUUUUAUAGAAGAAUGCAUUAAGAAAUUGGAAAAGGCACACAUGAAACAUAUGAAGCAGUAUGGAAAUGAAGAAGCGACUAAUAGAAUGCGAUUGUCCGGAAAAUUUGAAACUUCACCAUUUGACAAGUUUUCAUGGGGUAUCGCCAACAGGAAAGCAUCCAUACGACUUCAAAGAAAUAUUAAAAAGAAGGGAAAAGGUUUCCUUGAGGACAGGAGGCCAGGUGGUGAUUGUGACCCUUAUUUGGUAUGUGGACUGUUAAUGGAGACAUGUUUAGGGAGCAGCGGAGGUAGUGGAGGUAGCUCUAGUUGUCAACAACAAACUAAGGACCCUUGCAAGAGAAAAUGAUAAUUUACCUAAAUUGUUUUUGACUUAUGUGCUGUACAAAAUGUAAAAUUUUAUAGAUUC